AUGUUUAUCCUCGACGGUAAACCGCCGGGAACGGUGGGCCGAGCUAACAUGAACUUAACACGUUUCCCCUUCCUCCGACGAGGCGCGAGUCGGGCCGCGGGGUCCCUUUCGGGACCUUCCGAUCGAGAGGCUCAUGUUAAGCUUGGAGCUAAUACGCUUACCGCGUAUGGCAUCAGUAAGUAUUUCGAAUACGAAGUUUGGCCUUGUUUCACUCAAUGUCGUAUCGGCCAUCGAUUUGUGAUACCCGAUAUUACGUGUUCAGCUAACUUAUCUAAGACCAUCUCCACCGCGGGGCCUAAAUCGCGGGACUAA